AUGGCGCUCCGGCACAAACACACAGCGCCGACCCUGAAGAAGCCGGAGCUGCUCGGCGCUGCUGAGCGAGGUCAUCCCGACCCAGUGAGGCGGGUUGUGUUGCCUCUGGACCCUGCAGCUCCCUCCAACCUCUCAGCCGCCCCUGAAGUCGGAGCCCGGGCCGGGGGUGCGGACUCUGAAGCAGCGCUGGACGACCCCCCCGACGUGCCCCCCCCCGGGGCCUGGGCCGAGGACAGAGUCUUCUCCGAGGACGGAGCCGCGGUCUGGACGGAGACGGAGGCGGCGCUGCGUCCAGGAGCAGGCGGGGGAGUCUUUGCAGAGACGGGUCUUCUGAGGGGAGGCGGAGCCUGGGCCGAGGUCGGGGCUGAGUGGAGGCCGGUGGACAGGGAGGGGGGGGGCGGCCUGCCCAACAUGCCCAGGGGCGCGGCCUCCUGGCUGGGGGAGCGUGGGGGGGGCCGCAGAGAGCAGGCGGCCUUUUCAUCAGUCCUCACCGUGCUGACGCAGACGGCCGAGCUGCAGGCGCCAGCACCGGGAAAACCUCUAGGGCUGCUGUCUAAAGCUGCCUGGACCAGAGGCUCCUCUUCAUCCUCAUCCAAGACCUCCUCCUCCUCCUCCUCCUCCUCCUCCUCCUCCUCCUCCUCCUCCUCCUCCUCCUCUUCCUCCUCUUCUGCAGCAAAGGCCUCCUCCCUGCCUUCCUCAGCCUUAUCCUCCUCCUCCUCCCCACCCAGUAACAGAAGCAGUCCCACAGCCGGGUCGAGCAACGUCACUCUGGUGGUCGUCAACGGCAACAGCAGCUUCGGCUCAGACGAGCCGGUGAACAACCUGCCGGCCUGGGACCAGCCCACCGUGCCCGAGUCCCUCCUCUCCACGCCGGGCGACCACGACGCCACGCUUCCCGCCAACGUCACCAGCCCUUUCUCCACCCGCCAGUGGAACGCCACAGUGCCCGCACGCGCCGGAAACACCUCACGCCCGACCACCACCACGCCCGGCACCACCACGCCGACGCCUCUGUUCACCACCGCCACCGCGUCAGCUUCACCGGUUCCCACCGCGGCGACCGCUCCAACGCCGGCAGAACCCUCCACGGCUCCGAACAGCACGAGCCAGGACCUGGUGACCGGUGAAGGCCUUCAGCUGACCACGGUAACCACGACGACGCCCUCGACAACGACCACUCUGACUGUGACCACCGACGAGGUGACGAUGCAGGCGGUGACCACCGGGAGUGCUGUGACGUCACCGCCAAACAUCACCGCUGCUACGACCGCGCAGCAGACGACGAGCCUCACGCCGACCACCGAGGCCACGUCUCCGCCCACAACCACGACCACCACGACCACCACGACCACACCGGCUCCCACUACCACCACCACAGUACCUCCAACCACCACCACCACCACCACCACCACCACCACCACCCCUCCUCCCACAACUACUACAACCACCACCACUACUACCACUACUACUCCUCCCCCCACAACCACUACGACCACUGCUCCCAGUACAACCACCACAACGAAGGCACCUGUCACCACAGUGUUCACGCCGGAGCACACCACUGCACCCCCCACUACAACCACAGAACCUCCGUCCAGCACCAGUGCAGAGGAAGGUCCUCUCCCGUGCAACGUGACCGAGAAGUACUGGCUCAGAACAGUUUUGUCCAUCGAGCUGCGCAGGAACCGCCUGGACCUGAUCCUGAAGCAGAAUCUGUCCAAAGGGCUGAGCCACGCGCUGCAGCGAGCGCUGAACGACUCCACGGCCUCGGCUCAGGUGGAGCAUGACGACUGCAGCCCCCACAACGUGACCCUGGUCUACUACGUCACCAGCGGGAAAACCGUCCACGUGGCGUCUCGGGUGGUGGAGGCGCUGAACGUGUACGGCUUCGACAAACUGCUGUCGGACGUCAGGCAGCACAUCCCGCUGGUGAGGGCGGUCCUGGUUCCCGUGGCAACCUGGAUGCCCACGCCGAGCAUUCACCUGCAGCUGAGAACAGUGCUGAGGUUCGUCGGCCCCACAGACAACAUCUACUCCUGCAGCUUCGUCCAGAUGUUGGAGCAGCGGCUGGAGAACGCCUUCGAGGAGGCUCAGGACAAAGUGCUGGAGACGUACAACCGGCUGGCUGUGGAGAUCCAGAGUGUGUCCCAGGAGCCGGGCUCGCCGGCGGUCUCGCUGGUUUACGUGGUGAAGAACCAGGACGCCGUUCUCAACGGGACCAUCUCCAGCGGCCUCCUCAACCAGCUGACCGCCGAGCUGGUGGGCUACUUCCUGUUCUACCCCCCCCUCGUCAUCGCCGAGCCCCUUGAAUACCAUAAUCUCAACACGUCGAUGGCAACAAAGAACUAUUGGGUGAAAACAGUGAUCCAGGACGUGGACACCUCGUCCCUGGAGGCCAACUACCAGAGCUUCGCCAGCCUGAUGGAGCAGCGGCUGGCCGAGCUGUUCCUGGUGGCCGGCCGGCAGGGCGCACCGGCGGCUCGAUCCCGGCGCGCCACAACCGUAGGGAGCUACACUGUACAGAUGGUGAGCAUCCGCCGCCUGCCCGGCCCCAAGAACCCAGCGGAGAUGACCUUCUACGCCCAGCUGAACGGAGCCGCCCUCACUGGGACCACUGCUGCCAAGACCCUCAGCAGCCUGGACUCCCAGACCAUGGCUCUGACGCUGGGAUACUUCGUACAAGUGCAGGCAGAACCUGUUGUAAAGAUUCCGCCCGGCAACCUGUGGAUCAUGGCCGUCCUGACGCCGCUUUUCCUGCUGAUGGUGGUGAUCGGCAUGGUGGCCUUCAUCCUGUGCAAGAGGAACCGGGUCAUCUUCAAAAGCGGCGCCUUCAGGUCGUUCAAAACCCGCUCCAAGACGUCAUACAGAAGGGAGGCCAGUUACCACCACCAGCCGGUCCAGGGCUUCGACUACGCCAAGAAGCACAUGGGCCGCACGGGCGACGACGCCGUCUCCGUUACCAAGGAAACGCUGGUGCUGGGGCUGCCGGUGCGAGAUGCUCUGCUGUCCCUGUCCCUGGAUAAGAAGGUUCACCAGGACGGGACGGCCAGCAAGAGGCCGCCAUCGGCCGACAUUCACAAAGGAGGACGGUUGCCAAGCGAGGAGGACGGCUCGGUGUCGAGCGGCGGCUCGGCGAAGCUGAACGCCAGCAAGAGCUCGUCGGCCCGUCGGACGGCGACCGGCAGCAGCACCAAGAACGCCAAGGAGGAGCUGCACAAGAGGAGCGCCAACGACCCGUACGAGGACCACACUGGUUCCCUGCGUCUCAUCACCAUCAAGCCCAUGACGGCCCAGCCCACCUACUCCUACCCCUCGUCCUCCUCCCACAGCCAGGACUCUGUGGUGCUCAACGGGGACGCGAACCACAUUGGCCUGAAGCAGAAGUCGGACAUCGAGCACUACAGGAACAAGCUGCGUCAGAAGGCCCGGAGGAAGGGGUACGGAGAGUUCUCGCUGUCGGAGAACGGAAGCCACGGCUACAGUCACCGCGACGCCCGGCACGGUCGCCACGACAACGGCCUCAAGGAGCCGAUGACGGCCGAGGAGAAGAGAGCCUCGUUCGCCGGAUGUCACAAGAGGUACUCUCACCCCCGGGAGCCCAACUACUGGAGCCGCCAGUCCCUGAGCAGCCCGAGUCCCGUGGAGACGGAGAUGGACCUGCUGGUGCUGAGGGAACGAACCCGGAGAGGGAUCAGGAACAACGGCUACGAUGCCGAGCCGGAGCCCUUCGAGGAGACCAGCGUGGACCGUCUGAUGAGCUCUCUGGGCUACGGAGGUGGAUCCACCGGCACCGACAGCUUGGGGGUGAAGGCUCACCGCGGCUCCGACUCCUCCACACUCAGCUCGCAGCCGUCCAUUGACGAGGUCCGCACGCAGAUGCACAUGUUGCUAGGCAACGCCUUCAGCCUGGCACCUCCGGACCACGACCCUCCCUCCCCGCCAACCAACAGCCGCCACCACCACCACCCCCCCCACCACCACCACCACCUGGCCCACAGCGCCUACAACCCCUCCCACACCAGCCACUACAGCGACGGGGUCACCAGCGCCCCGGGGACCAUGAACCAUCCGUGCGGCGGCAGACAGAGGAGCGCCGGAUACGAGGACAUGCACCAGUGCAGCCUGCCCAAACCGGGUUUCCGGUUCACUCAGCUUCCUGACAUGGGCAUCGGUUCCCCCCCGCCGCUGAUCCCCUCGAGGCCGGGGCCGCCGCCUGGGACCUCACUACGACGUUCCACCCCCGAUGUUAGUCUGAAGCCUCGAGUGUCAGAGGUCAACGACCUCCAGGCCCAAAUGCACAACGGCGUCCCCUACCUGCCACUGUCCAGGACGCCCUUCCCUGCCGUCACCGUGGACCAGUCCAUCAGCAACUACUCAGGAAACCCGAUAACAGCCGUCUACGCGAUAUCAGCCAACCGCCCGGGCUACUCGGAUUACUUCGUCAUGUCGCCGCCGUCCUCGUACCGCAGCCCGUCCUGGAUGUCCUACCCCCCCGAGCCGGAGGACCUGCCGCGGCAGUGGAACGACACGCCGAACUCACGCCACCUGGAAACCAUCUGCUGA